UUCUGUGUUCAGAGCAUUAGUGUGCAUGUAAGUCUUCAGUGUUGUUAAUAUACUGCAUAUGUAUACCAUAUUUGGGAAUAACUGUCAUCAGAUAUAUACAAUGUGCUUUGUUUUGUUUUGUUUUAAUUCCAGGUUACUUUAUGGAAUAGGCCCUUAGAGAAUAAGCAAGGAUUAAAGCUUUAUGGGAAAACAAAUCAUGUGGUCUUCAGAUUCAGAAAUGAAAAGAAAUGCAGCCAUCUGAAAUGGUCAUGAACCCCAAACAAGUCUUCCUCUCUGUGCUGAUAUUUGGAGUAGCAGGGCUACUCCUCUUCAUGUAUUUGCAAGUUUGGAUUGAAGAACAACAUACAG